AUGUCUGUCCACAGGCGACAGACAUCACUGAAUUCAUCCGCCUCGGCCGCCUCGAGCCAUACCUCUGGCGCCUCUGCUGCGAGCACGAGCACCCCCACGAGUGCUCUUGCUGCAGCGUUUUCUUUUGCUGGUCUGAACUUCAGGUCUCAUGCAGCGAAAGCGGCCUUACUAACUUUGACACCUCACCAUCUCUUUUACCUCCUGUCACGAAUGGAAGAGCUGGAUAUUCUCGUAGGCCCCAUGAAUAUCCGCCUGGAAAACCUCCAUACAGAUCCGUCUCCAUCCAACUACGUCUCAUUUCUCCAAUCACACAAGCCAUCAAAAGGUCGCAGUGACCGAGACUCCAUCCACUCUGUCUCCAGUAUGCGGAGCGUCAUGUCAGGAAUGAGUACUUUCUGGUCGUCUAUCGGCUUGGGUGCUAGCACCUCCAAAAGCGAAAAGGCAAAGGCACUAGCAGAGGCCGACCUGACAUAUCUCUACUCAGCCUUCACCAAACUUCCCUCGCUACGACUGACCACCGACCAUCGCGCCAGGCUUAUCCAAGGCUAUGAAGAGUUUCCAUUCGAUACUGCCGUCCCACUCUUCGCAUUCAAAAACCUCCAGCAGCUGGAUAUUGUCGAUCUUGACUUCCGUCAGUUUUACGGUUGGGAUCGACUGGCCGAGCAGCUUACUCUGCUAACAGUGAAACGCGCCAAUCUAGAUGAUCCCGCCGAGCUUCUGACCGACAUCGUGUUGGACGACGCUGAGAAGCGGCGUAGACGAUCGACCAAAGGCGGUCGAGCGUCGCCGACUCCCCCAAAUCUUUGGCCUGAGGUUGCUACGCCCCAAGCCGGAUAUACACAUCCGCAUUCGGAUCCAGGAUCACCUAUUGGAGCAAGUCUUGAGCACGACGACCAUGUCGACUUCAUGCCUCGAGACAAACAGAUGUCGGGCAGCGUGUCGCCAAAACGACCCAGCCCAGGGAGGCCAACAAGCUCGUCAUAUAGGCAUGUUCGCACUUACUCCUCCAAGGUGAAGAGGUCUGGCUCGGGAAGCUCCAACUCGAGCGAGUACUCAGUACAGCCCCAUCGUAGCGACAGCACUUCCAGUCUCCUUAGCCUUAAUAUCCUCGCUCCAGCUAAAUGGCAGAGGUUGAAGUAUUUGUCACUAGCGGACAAUUCUCUGACAACCAUCUCGGCCAGAAGCCUGGCCCCGGUAGCCACCACUCUUCGCUCCCUGAAUCUCUCGUCAAACCUUUUUACGGAGAUUCCAGACAGCCUUGCCUCCCUCACCAGGCUUGUGUCUUUGGACCUGUCCAACUGUAUGAUUGGGUCUCUGCAGUCACUGUCCAAAUAUCCCCUGCCGGCUGUCUUGACAGUCAACCUGAAGGCAAACCGUCUUCGAUCUCUGGCAGGCAUCGAGAAGCUCCUAUCGCUAGAACAGCUAAACAUCCAGGACAACAAGCUUUCUGACCCGAUGGACAUGGCGAGACUCACUUGUAUUCCGAACCUGAAGCGCAUCUGGGUCAAGCGGAACCCCUUCACCAAAACAUCGUCCGACUACCGAGUACUUACCUUCAACCUUUUCCGUAAGACGCCUGGGUAUGUGGAUGACAUUGUAAUCGACGAAUCUGGCCCGGGAUAUUCGGAACGCAAGCAACUAGUGGAUCGAGUUCCUGAGGUGGAGAGGCAAAUUGCACCACCAUCGAUCCGGAUAGUAGAGCUGCCAGUCGUUGUCCAGCACUCUGAGCAGACACAACAGGGCCACAGUCAACAGACGGAAAGUGUGGUGAACACUACACGCCGGAAGAAGAUUCCUCGACGACGCAUAGUCGACCUGGCAAAAGAUGAGGCCUUUGCUCGUCUUCCUGAUGAGGAUCUUGCAGCCACCAUCCCUUUCCCUCCUACUGUCACCGAUCAUGCAACUGUGACUGUGGAUGAAAAUCCACCACAACUACCUGUCUCAAGUCCGGGAGAAACCGCGGAGGAAGACUUGUACGACGGGUCCACGCGAGUCGCAUCUGUGGGAUCAAGCACACAAGCCAUCCAAGAGGAUGACUACAGGGCCAAAGUCGAAGCCUUAAGGCAAGAGUUCGGCAGUAAUUGGCUCAGUGUUCUGGGAGACCAGAAUUGGCACAACAACCACCACAUGGAAAUAACACAGGGACAGACGAAUCUGGGACAUCAUUCCCUACACCGCCCCGGCCCAGUAAUUGUUAGCGGUGGUCGAACUCUGGGUUGA